CAUGGCUUUGAAGGAGGCGGGCGGCAGCAUCUUGCCCAUCAGCGACAUGGUGUCGGGGCCGUCGGGCUCGCCGUUCCCCGAGGUUGUAGAACUGAAUGUGGGGGGCCAGGUGUACGUGACGAGGCACUCCACGCUGCUCAGCGUCCCGGACAGCAUGCUGGCCACCAUGUUCUCGCCGUGCCGGGGUGGCCCAGCGGCGGCCCGCCAGCUGCCCAGGGAUAGCCGGGCGCGUUUCUUCAUCGACCGCGACGGCUUCCUCUUCAGGUACGUGCUGGAUUACCUGCGGGACAAGCAGCUGGCACUGCCCGAACACUUCCCCGAGAAGGAGCGGCUCCUGCGGGAGGCAGAAUACUUCCAGCUGGGCGACCUGGUGAAGCUGCUGUCGCCCAAGGUCACCAAGCAGAGUUCGCUCAACGACGAGGGCUGCCAAAGCGACCUGGAGGACAGCACCUCACAGGGCAGCAGCGACCGGCUGCAGCGGGCCGGACUGGACAAGCGCUCGGGCUUCCUCACGGUGGGCUACCGCGGCUCCUACACCACGGUGCGGGACAACCAGGCGGACGCCAAGUUCCGCCGCGUCGCCCGCAUCAUGGUGUGCGGCAGGAUCGCUCUGGCUAAGGAGGUCUUCGGCGAGACCCUAAACGAGAGCCGCGACCCCGAUCGCCCCCCCGAGAAGUAUACUUCCCGCUUCUACCUCAAGUUCACCUACCUAGAGCAAGCCUUCGAUCGGCUCUCCGAGGCAGGCUUCCACAUGGUAGCUUGCAACUCCACCGGCACGGCCGCCUUCAUCAACCAGUACCGGGACGACAAGAUCUGGAGCAGCUACACUGAGUACAUCUUCUUCAGGCCCCCACAGAGAACUGUUUCCCCCAAACAAGACCAUGAGGAGAGGAAGCAUGACAAAGUCUUGGACAAGGGAAGUGAAAGUGGGACUUCCUGUAACGAAUUAUCCACUUCGAGCUGCGACAGCCACUCAGAUGCAAGCACUCCUCAAGAAAAUGCCUCUGGCACUCAACAAUCCACAGCCCACCAGCCAAACACUCUAACUUUGGAUCGUCCAUCUAAGAAGGCUCCUGUGCAGUGGAUGCCACAACCAGACAAACGCAGGAACAGUGAACUAUUUCAAACUCUCAUUAGCAAGUCCAGAGAAACAAAUCUUUCCAAAAAGAAGGUAUGCGAGAAGCUGAGCGUUGAAGAAGAAAUGAGAAAAUGCAUCCAAGAUUUUAAAAAAAUCCACAUUCCAGAUUACUUCCCAGAGCGCAAACGUCCUUGGCAGUCUGAACUCUUACAGAAAUAUGGGUUAUAG